AUGGUUUGGACAUUCUGUAUCAAGAGGAGGAGAAGACAACAAGCGGACGAAGAGCCAUGGCAAGAGGCAGAAUACGAGAAGGAAGGAGACGAUUUCCACUCACACCGACGAGGGCGGUCCUCAAUGCAUUCAGUACGAUCAAUAGCAUCGACUGUACUGACGAGGGCCUCCAAUGUCAUCCAGAUAGCAUACAUACCUGGCGUCACUAACAGAUCCGUCGAGUCAACACCAGACCUCAUCCCUCCAGUGCCACCAGUGCCCGCUCUCUCUACCUUUGGUUCGGCUGCUGGAACUCCUCAUCCACCUCAAGACGAACAUUUCUUCAUGCCGAGUGACCUUCGAAACUCGACGUAUUCUGACUACACCGUUGACCGGACAUCAUAUGCCCGGACAAGCAUGUCUCCCAGCGUUGCUAGAGGGAGCGUUCCGUCCACCGCUUAUAGGGGCAGUGCAAUCGUCAACACCUUACCUGCGCAAACUGCUGUCAGAGGCAAGGCAAAUCCUGUAGCUGUCAGACCAAACGAUCGAGGCAGCCCGUCUGAUCGAUCUAGAUCUGGCUCCCCGGCAGUCCCGGCAAUUGAGAAGGCACAAUUAAGAAAUAACACAACCAGCCCGAUAGUCGCUCGAUUGGGCGUUCCGAAGGCGGUCACUGUGACGAGAUCGACUGGUAAUCUGGCCGCCGCUGCUGCUGCGCAGAAAGGCGCUAGUCCAGUGGGAAGUGAAAAAUCAAAAGCAAGUUCAGCGAAAAAGGAGGAGCGACGAGUCUCUAUUGCCGAUUCGCGGCAUGACGGCCACUCGUCAACUUUUGACGACGUUUCAAGCAGUGACGAUGAUUCACCGGCUGAUCAAAGCCUCAUGGGCCACGAUAAGCUACCUCGAUUCUCCAGGUUAGACGCCAACGACAAUGUCCGUUCUCCAUCUUCCGCACCAGAUCUUCGUCUCGUACCGUCACCUCUUCAGCCUUCCUCCUCUCCAGACACUCUUGGUAAAGCUAGGAAGCAAAAACACAAAAGAUCGGGGAGCUUAAAUCAGAUAAUAGAAGAAGCUACUCGAAAGGCUAGAAAAGAGCCUAGGCACGGUGGGCUGGGCAGCGUUGGAAACAUAUUUGAGAAUCCGUCGAGGGCGAGAGACAUCGAUGGAUCGAGAGAAGGCCCCUUUUCGGAUGCCCAUGCAGCGAGGACACCAUAA